ACGUCGCCUUCACUCUCUCGGUGAUAACUUCCUCUCUCUCACUCUUCCUCUCUUUCUACCAUCCGCCAAUCCACAACAAAAUUCAUUUUCAUCCGCUCCACUACCAACAGUGCUACUGCUACCAAUAAAUCAAUCUGUCUAGGGUUUCCUGAUUCCGAGACCGAUGUUUCCGUUAUCAUCACGAGCUUGGAUUUUUUCUUUUUACUAGUUUUCAUGAAAAAAAUGGAUACCGAUUCCCUUUUCUGAAUGAUGCAGUCAGGAUCUUCGGCGAUCUUAUAUUUGAUCCGAUUCAUUGUUCCAUUUUAAAACGAUCGAUCUGUUAUUCGUUGAUUGAUUAGUCAUAAAGCGUGAUAUUCGCUAAGUGAAAUGCUCGUGGAUCUGCAUCUCGGCGUGUGACUUUGCAGCUCGACGAAUCGACUAUUUUUUGUUACUGGAUUAUUAGAUUCAAUUUGGAGAUCAAGGCAUCUGCUUUAGAUGUUAUGCAAUAGAGUCUUGAGUGCUGUAAAUCUCUGGGCGGGACAUAUCAGGAGACAAACUGAGGUCGCGCGGUUAAGAUAUAUCUGUGGUGGCUUAAAUACCACUGACCUCUGCCCUUAUUUGUCGAACUAUAAGCUUGGAAGAAAAAGAACAAUGAUGGUGGAUUGUGGAGAAACUGCUAGAAGACCUGCGGUUGGUGCUUUACCCGAGAAGGGUGACGAUGGUGGCUAUGCUAGUGGUGGAUGGAGCAGUGAAGAUGGGAGAUUAAGCUGUGGAUAUGCCAGCUUUAGAGGAAAAAGGUCUAGCAUGGAGGACUUCUAUGACAUUAAGGCUACCAAGAUUAAUGGGCAGUCAGUCUCCCUCUUUGGGAUAUUUGAUGGUCAUGGUGGCUCUCGCGCUGCUGAAUUUCUGAAGGAACAUCUCUUUGAGAAUCUAAUGAAACAUCGAGAAUUUAUUACGAACACAAAAAAGGCUAUAAGUGAAACAUAUCGGAAGACCGACAAAGACUUUCUGGAUUCUGAAAAGGAGACAUUCCGAGAUGAUGGCUCUACAGCUUCAACAGCAGUUCUGGUAGGCAACCACCUUUAUGUUGCAAAUGUUGGAGACUCUCGAACUAUUAUAUCAAAGGCUGGAAAAGCAAUUCCACUCUCAGAUGACCACAAACCCAAUAGAAGCGAUGAGAGGAGAAGAAUUGAAAAUGCUGGAGGCGUUGUAAUGUGGGCAGGUACUUGGAGGGUCGGAGGUGUCUUGGCCAUGUCUCGUGCUUUCGGAAACCGCAUGCUGAAACAAUUCGUUAUAGCUGAGCCUGAGAUUCAGGACCUGGAAGUUGAUCAAGAUCUUGAAUUGCUUGUGCUUGCAAGUGAUGGACUUUGGGAUGUUGUACCCAACGAGGAUGCUGUUUCGAUAGCCCAAGCAGAAGAAGAGCCGGUGGCAGCUGCGCGGAAACUGACAGAGACCGCCUUCACUCGUGGUAGUGCAGACAAUAUCACCUGUAUUGUUGUCAAGUUCCAACACGAGGAAGCGGGUCCCAACCAAGACACUGAAGCUGAAGUUGAAACCCAGACAACGACAAGCAGAACUGGAGAAUCAGAGCCAGCUUCAAAAGAAGAAGAGCCUCAGAAAACUCAGAACUGCUGAUCACUUGUUGACUGGCUGGUUGUGAUUCGUUCAUUCAUUGGUUUUUGUAAGCUGUGGUUUUUUUUAUACUUUUUUUGAAAUAAAUUGAUUCACUCAGUUUUAAACUAAUCUGAGUCUUUUGGUUGGUAAUGGCAAUAAACUAAUAAUGGUA